AUGUCUAACAUAAUCCACAAGGUCAAGGACGUCGUCAGCAGCCACAAGAACAAGUCCACCGACACCGAUACCCAUGACUCUAAUGCCUACGACUCCAACCAUUCCUCCAACCACGGUCCUCAUGACAGCAACGUAGCCAACGCUGCCGACCCCCGCGUCGACAGUGACCGCUCUGCACACAACACCACCGGUACCUCCGGCCAGUCCUCAAUCCCCACCGCAACUGGCGCUAGCCACAACACUCACGAAUCAAGCCUAUCUUCCAACCACGGCCCUCAUGACAGCAAUGUAGCCAACGCUGCCGACCCCCGCGUCGACAGUGACCGCUCUGCCUACAACACUACCUCCACUGGCCACUCUCACUCUGCGGCUCAGCCUUUGUCUACUGGUGCUAGCCAGAACGCCUACGAGUCGAGCCGAUCAUCAAACCAUGGCCCUCACGAUAGCAACAUUGCUAACAAGGCCGAUCCUCGCAUCGACAGUGAUCGUGAUAGCAGUGCUGCCUAUGGUGCUGGCUCAACUGGUCUCAACACUGGCUCUCACACUGGCUCUCACACUGGGUCCACCGACUUGAACUCCGGAUCUCACUCUGGCUCCGGUGCUCUUGGUGCCGGUGCUGCCGGUGCUGGCCUCGGCGCAGGCGCUGCUGGCCUUCACAGUGGUUCUCACUCUGGAUCAACUGGUCUUAACACUGGUUCUCACACUGGUGCUACUGGUCUCAACUCUGGCUCCGCCGGCAGCCACACCUACGAGUCUGGCCUAUCCUCCAACCACGGUCCCCACGACAGCAACAUCGCCAACAAAGCCGAUCCCCGCGUUGACAGUGACCUUGACAGCCGUCGCACCCACGGUAGCUCCACUGGCUUGAACUCUGGAUCUCACUCUGGCGCCGGUGCUCUUGGCGCCGGUGCUGCUGGUGCUGGCCUUGGCGCAGGCGCUGCUGGCCUUCACAGUGGUUCUCACUCUGGAUCAACUGGUCUUAACACUGGUUCUCACACUGGUUCUACUGGCCUCAACUCUGGCUCCGCCGUUAACAACACCUACGAGUCUGGCCUAUCCUCCAACCACGGUCCCCACGAUAGCAACAUUGCUAACAAGGCCGAUCCUCGCGUCGACAGUGACCUUGACAGCCGUCGCACCCACGGUAGCUCCACCGGCUUGAACUCUGGAUCUCACUCUGGAUCUCACUCUGGCUCAACUGCUCUGGGUGCAGGUGCCGCUGGUGCUGGCCUUGGCGCCGGUGCUGCUGCCCUUCACAACAAGGGCCAUCACUCUGGAUCAACUGGUCUUAACACUGGCUCUCACACCGAUUCUACUGGUCUCAACAGUGGCUUGCACUCUGGAUCUCACUCUGGUUCAACUGGUCUUAAUAGCGGCUCUCACUCCGGCUCAACUGGUCUAGGUGCUGGUGCUGCUGGUGCUGGCCUUGGCGCAGGCGCUGCUGGCCUUCACAGCGGCUCUCACUCUGGAUCAACUGGUCUGAACUCUGGUUCUCACACCGGUACUACUGGCCUCAACUCUGGCUCUGCCGGCAGCAACUACGAGUCUGGCUUAUCCUCCAACCACGGUCCCCAUGACAGCAACAUCGCCAACAAGGCCGAUCCCCGCAUCGACAGUGACCUUGACAGCCGUCGCACCCAUGGUAGCUCCACCGGCUUGAACUCUGGAUCUCACUCUGGAUCUCACUCUGGAUCUCACUCUGGCUCAACUGCUCUGGGUGCUGGUGCCGCUGGUGCUGGCCUUGGCGCCGGUGCUGCUGCCCUUCACAACAAGGGCUCUCACACCGGCUCGACUGGCCUCAACUCUGGCUCCGCCGGCAGCAACUACGAGUCUGGCUUAUCCUCCAACCACGGUCCCCAUGACAGCAACGACGCCAACAAGGCCGAUCCCCGCGUCGACAGUGACCUUGACAGCCGUCGCACCCACGGCACCUCCACUGGCUUGAACUCUAACACCCACACCGGUUCCACCGGCUACGGCUCAGCCGCACCCCUUACCGGAGCCAGCCACGGCACCCACAACACCAACGAGUCACCACGUUCCACCAACCACGGUCCCCAUGACAGCAACAUCGCCAACAAAGCCGACCCCCGCGUCGACAGCGACCGCAGCAAGCAGCACAACUUCAAUGACGAUGUUCGCAAGGGCAGUCUUGCCGGUCAAGCCGAGAUGAUUCACCUGUCUGGUGACAGCGGCCCCGAUACUACCACCAGAACCUUCGAGGAGGCCCACGAGACUGGUGCUGAGGGCGUCAACCACCCUGCUCACCAUUCUAGCCACGGAGCUGGCAGCAGCUACAACCAUGGUAGCACCCACAAGUCCACUGCUGGUCCCCACGAUAGCAAUGUUGCUAACAAGGCCGAUCCUCGUGUCGACUCGGACCUUGAUGGUUCCAACACCGUUGGCAACCAGCACCAGCGUGUUUAA